AUGGGCUCCGUCUCCAACAGCGACACCCCGGCGCUCGCCACCAACCCCAAGAUCAUCUUCUUCACCGACUUUGACGGCACCAUCUCGAUCAAGGACUCCAAUGACUUCAUGACGGAAGAGCUCGGCUACGGCCGCGAGCUGCGCCUCGUCGAGAACGACCACAUCCUCUACGGCCGCAAGACGUUCCGCGAGGCCUUCCAGGGCAUGAUGGACUCGAUCAAGCUGCCCUUUGACCAGUGCAUCGCCACGCUGCGGGCCAACAUCAAGCUCGACCCCGGCUUCCGCGACUUUUUCCACUGGUGCCGCGCCAACAACGUGCCCAUCGUCAUCCUCUCCGGCGGCAUGCGGCCCGUCAUCCGCUCGCUGCUCGAGAUGUGGCUCGGCGACGAGGCCUCAUACAUCCAGAUCGUCAGCAACGACGUCGCCCCGCGGGGAGGGCAAUCGAUGGAGAUCCGCAAGUACUCGGCCAACCCCGACCGCCCCAUCAUGCUCUACGCCGGCGACGGUGUCUCCGACCUCUCCGCCGCCCGCGAGACCGACCUCCUCUUCGCCAAGGCCGGCAAGGACCUCGUCACCUACUGCGAGCGCGAGAGCGUCCCCUUUGUCACCUUCCAGGACUUUACCUCCAUCCACAAGACGGUCGAGGCCAUUGAGGCCGGCACCCUCACCCACAAGGACGCUGCCCUCGGCCGCAUCCACACGUAG